AUGGGCGAAAAAAGAAAAAGUUCACAAAGCUCUACUGAACUCCGAGUCAGCUCGUACUCUCAAGACCCAUCACUUGCUGUGGCCAGUUUUUUCAAUGGGUUUAGUGCAUCAAACGAUUCCAAAUUCAACCUAUAUAAGCACAAGCAUAAUAAUAAUUAUCUCUUACACGGUGAGAAUCAAACUUUAGCAUACGAUGGGAAAACCGAUGCCGACGACGAUUUCAACAAGUACUACAUUGCAGUGUAUGAUUCCGUCAACAAGAGUGUGGACAUUUACAACUCACCAGUGAUUGAUUCAAAAGUGGUUUCCAAAAAGAAGAUGAUGUACCGUGGUCCAAAGGUUAGAUCCAAGGAUGCUCUCAAUGUCACAAAACGUAAUGCUUUGGGUCAAGAGUUCGGGACUAAGAAGGCCAAGAAAUCCAUCAAUAGUUUAUCACAGAAUCGUAUCGAAGCUGAUAAAUUGGCUCAUGAUGAAUCCAGCAUUGUGGAAAACAUUAAGCAAUCGACCGAAUUAUUGCCAACCAUCAAUGAAAUGAAUGACGCUGUCACUAACGACAGACCUACUCCAGCUUGUAAUGUUGAUGCCACUAAUGUGGAAGACAUUUACUCGAUCAACAGUAUAAUACCAAAGAAGGAAUGGAAUAUGAUUCGUAUCGAUUCUUUGUUGAAGGAAGCAGACACCAAGAAGAAGUUGGAAUUCUUCCCAUACGCCAAGUCAGAAUACAUCAAAUCUCGUGUUGGUUCCACCAAGCUGUCUUCGAAAUUGAAGCUUCUUUAUUACGCCUCAUUGCUCAUUGGGGUUUACGAAACCCGUAAAUCAUGCCACAACAAACUUGCCAUGUUGGAAAAACUCAAUUCUCCACCAGAAGUGCUUGUUGAUGGUAUUUUGGAUCGUUUCACCACUUUGAAAUCUUCUGGAUUCGGAAAAUCAAAAGAAAGAGGUUUCACCAUCGAUCCGUAUCAUGAAGAUAAAUUACUUUGUUACCUUCUCGCCACCGUCAUGCACAUUGACAACUUUUUGGUGCUUGUUCCUCCUUUGGCCCAAGAAUUGUCCAUGAAACCAUCCAGAUUGGUUGGUUUGUUCAGAGCUUUGGGGGCAACCGUCAAGGGAGCUACCGUGUCACAAGCCGAAGCGUUCAAUAUUCCAAGAGCCGCUGCUUCCAACCACAAGGUUGCCACUUUGAAGGUCCCAUUCAAGGAACCACAAAUGGUUAGAAGAGGUAGAAGAGCUUGA